CAAAUUAAUUAGAGCAGAAUGAGUGUGGAAGUGUUAGACAGUUCUACAAUCUUGGCCUUCAUUGAAGAUGAAGAAGCAUUCCAUGACUCUAUAAGAGAUCAUUUUGCUCUCCUUGACACUGACAACGAUGGAAUUCUGUCUUACGCAGAGAUGUUGAAGGAGUUGCAGAGUUUGAGGGUCUUUGAAACCCACUUUGGCAUAGAUGUUAAGACAGACCCAGACGAAGUUACUCAUGUCUAUGAUUCUUUGUUUGGGCAGUUCGAUCGUAACUCCAACGGGACGGUGGAUUUGGAGGAGUUCAAGACGGAGACAAAGCAAAUGAUGCAGGCCAUGGCCAAUGGAAUGGGAUUCUUACCUGUCCAAAUGGUGCUCGAAGAAGGCAGCUUCCUCAAGAAAGCAGUGGAGUGGGAGUCCACCAAAGCUUGAAUUGUUUAUUUCUUCCUUCACAUGUUGUUUCAAAACAAUUUAUAAGUCUGAAUUAGUUCCAAUGAAAAGUUUAAAUGAAUUAAAUGUACCCUUUUUAUAGAAACAAAAAAGUAUUUAAGUUCUUAUUAAUUGUUCUGUUUUGGCAAAUUAAAGAUGGCAGGAUUGAUUAUAUAUUCCUAAGUAUGCCUAAUCGUGUAUUAUUUAUUUUGUAUGGUCUGAUAACCAUUUCAUCUAAGGAUAAUGAUACGUUUAAU